AUGCUGCCAGCAGGGGCAAACGUCCACUCUGCUGGGAAUGUCCCCCAAACGGGGCGGAUCUUGUGUUGGAUCAUGACAGCACCUAAGAACUUGGAGACCCGAACAAGACACGUCAGGGAAACUUGGGCCAAGCACUGCUUCAAAGCGCUUUACAUGAGCUCAGCGAAGACCGAGUUCCCGACUGUGGGGCUAAACGUGAGUGAGGGCAGAGGCAAUCUCUACUGGAAGACCAUUCUGGCCCUUCAGCACAUCCACCAGCAUCACCUGGAUGAAGCGGACUGGUUCCUGAAGGCAGACGAUGACACCUAUGUGAUCAUGGAGAAUCUAAACUAUGUUUUGUCCAAACAUGAUCCAGAGAGACCUCUGUACUUUGGCAGGCGGUUUGCACCUUUCGUCAGCCAGGGCUACAUGAGUGGAGGGGCAGGCUACGUUCUCAGCAAGGGGGCGCUGAGGAGGUUCAUAGAAGGCUUUACCACAGGAAAAUGCACCCACUUCUCCCCCAUAGAAGACAUGGCUUUGGGGAAAUGCAUGGAGACAAUGAAAGUGGAACCGGGAGACUCCAGAGAUGUGAUGGGAAGACAAACCUUUCAUCCUUUUCCCCCGGAAUAUUACCUUGUUCCACAGCUACCAAGACCUCGACCUUGGUUUCUGAAUUAUGAAUAUUACAAGCCAGUGGAGGGUCCUGGGUGCUGCUCAGACUUUGCGGUGUCUUUCCACUACAUUUCUGCUGCGCAGAUGUACGUGCUAGAGUACCUCACGUACCACCUGCGGCCUCACGGAUACAAACAUAGGUUUAACCCUGAUGAUGACAAAGCCAGUGGCCCGGUGGCGCUGCCUCCAGCAGCUCUCGGAUGAAGUGCACACAGACCGGAGCUGUGCUGGUAUACAUCUUAUAUCGGGUAUGUCCGUGCUCACUCACUAUUCCUUAACCCCUAAAAGACUAUACAGAGUAUACAGUGGCCUGGAUUUAAACACCUGAAUACUGUUUUGUCUUUAAAACUGUCGCCCAACUUGUUUCUACCCUUUUUCAAAUGACAUAUCGAUCAAAAGCAACGCAUUGUGGUCUACAUUUGACAUUCUAUUGAGCAUUUAUGCGCACUGGUUUUUUGCAGAGGCUUCUUGGACAUUUCCAGGACAUUGGUGGACUUAGCAGUUUGGGGGCCCC